ACCCAGUAUCUUGUGAAGAUUGCAUAGCUCCUGGGGACAGUUGUGAUGGGAAGAUGAAACAAUGCUUCUUGGGUGAAGAUACAUGUGGGACCAUCGUAGGGGAGGCCAUUCUUGAUUCAGUAAGAUUUAAUGGUACCCUGAAGACCUGUACAGAGUACAGCGCUUGUAAAGCUGGCAUCCAGUCCAUCACCUUCGGCCCUGGGAUGAAGCUGCAGAGAAAUGCUUUGUGCUGCCAAAAGGAAAGCUGGCAAGAGGAGCUGGAAAAAUCAUUCCCAGUAAACAAUGCUACACGGAAUGGGUUUCAGUGCCCUGCUUGCUACAUGCAAGAAUCAGAUUCAUGUGAAGUCCAGAAGACUGUGGAUUGUGUUGGAUCCGAGGAUCACUGUAUCUACUUCACGUGUGUGCUGAAUUCCUUGGAAAAUGGAGCGACCACCGGGACUACAUUCGUCGCCAGGGGCUGCGCUACUCAAAGCGUCUGCAACCAUAGCCUGGGGCUGGCUGUUUUUUCGGGCGAUGUGACUUACACGUUAUCCACAAUCAAGGAAUGCCAACCUGCGCAUGAUGCAAGGAAUUCUGCCUGCCUUCACGAUCAUUCUUGGAGAUAUCUUCUUUUUUUGCAUACCACCUGCUUCCUGAUGUCCUCCUUUGGCUUCCUGAUGUGCCUUCUUCUUAACCUCCAUCCCUUGUAGCUCCAACUGAGUUCCACCACUGCGUUUGGUGAGAUGGGCCGUGGUAAGGGGAGCCGGAAUGAUAGGCAAAGUCAGGGGAACAUUUAGGUAUGCUUACAUGCACAAUUGCAGACAAGUAGGCAUUCACUAGACA